CGAUCCCCGGCAACGGCGUAUCAAUUCUUUUUACUUUUUCGAUCGUAAUUAUUUUUCUGAACCGCAGUGCUAACGCCGUCGUUUCGAGUUUGAUUCAGCGACGUCGUGCAAAGGUUUCGAAAAUACUGUCGUCUGGGAUUAACAACAGUAAUUGUCUAAUCGGAGCGACAGACACGGGGGGAGAGAGAGAGAGAGAGAGAUUAUGUGCGAGCGUGUUUGAGGAGAUGGGGCUGAGAGAAGCAACUGCAGUUAAGGAAGCCGGCACUAGCAAUAGCAACUUGGAUGAGGGGCCCAGUGGCAGCGGCGGUGUCCGGAGGUUUCCGUUGGCGGCGCAGCCUGAAAUAAUGAGAGCAGCUGAGAAGGAUGACCAGUACGCUUCCUUCGUAUACGACGCCUGCCGUGACGCCUUCCGCCACCUCUUUGGUACAAGAGUUGCUGUUGCAUAUCAGAGUGAGACAAAACUUUUGGGGCAGAUGCUUUAUUUUGUGUUAACAACUGGUGCAGGGAAGCAGACCCUGGGAGAAGAAUAUUGUGAUAUUACUCAGGUUGCAGGACCCUAUGGCCUUCCUCCAACCCCAGCAAGACGAUCCCUUUUUAUUUUUUAUCAGACAGCAUUCCCAUAUAUUGCUGAAAGGAUCAGCUCGCGUAUUGCUUCCCAAGGCAUCACCAUGGCUGAUUUACUAUCUGAUGAUAUCAUCGAUAACGAAACUAUCUCGAACAGUCAAAUUCAGUCAUCUGCUAGUGCUGAAAUGUCAUCAUCCUUUAAUUCAGGAGUUCCUCUUUCAGCUUUAUCAAGAUUGAAAGCCAGAAUUACUGGAGUAUGGUUAUAUGCGGUUCGGAGGUGGCCCUCAGUGCUACCUUUUGCCCGUGAAUGUUUCAUGUUGGUUCUCCGUGCAAACCUCAUGUUCUUUUAUUUUGAAGGUCUAUAUUAUCAUUUAUCAAAACGAGCUGCUGGGAUUCGUUAUGUGUUUAUUGGAAAACCAACCAAUCAACGGCCUAGAUAUCAGAUAUUGGGGGUUUUUCUCUUAGUUCAGCUGUGUAUAAUUGCUGCUGAAGGAUUACGAAGAAGCAAUUUAUCUACAUUUGCUACUUCAUUUCAGCAAACAUCUCAUGGAGCUUAUCAAACUUCAGCAGGAAGAGGUUUACCAGUCUUAAAUGAGGAAGGUAAUCUAAUAACUGAGGACUCUGGAAAGAGUAGUUGGGUUCACGAAUCCACACCGACCUCAGAGUCUCAAGCGAGUGGAGUGAGCAAAUGCACACUUUGCCUAAGCAAUCGCCAAAACCCAACAGCCACUCCUUGUGGUCAUGUAUUUUGCUGGAACUGCAUUAUGGAAUGGUGUAAUGAAAAGCCUGAAUGCCCACUGUGUCGUUCCCCAGCAACUCAUUCUAGUCUAGUUUGUCUGUAUCACUCUGAUUUUUAACUCUGUCGAGUAGCCGAGUCGAUGGAGGAUGAUGGAUAAGAAAUUAACAAUCAAAAGAAAAAUAAUAAAGAGGGGACGUCAAUAAGGUGGCUCUGACACUUCUUGAGAGUUUCGAGCAAGCAAGAGGCAAGGAAUCAUCUAGGGACCCGUUGGUAUCCUUCAGUGAAUGGAGGUCAGCAUUCUCUGUAGCGUUUAAACAUGCGCGUACUCAUGAAAAGAUUAAAAACCAUGUAAAGGAAAGAAGAUUAGCGGCAAUGCCCGAACAGUGGUCAUUAGUCUUUACAUCUGUUGGCGAUGUAAUGAAUUCUUCUCGAAUCAUGAACAUUCGUCAUUGAUUGAAUCUGUUCAUUAUUCUUAUUUUCUUAAGUGAUAAUACUCUGAAAAUUACAUGAAA